AUGCAGUGUCCGAGCAAGCAGAGAGUCUCGUUAGCUACUUUCCUUCUGCAGGGUGAGGCCCGACAUUGGUGGUUAUCAAUAUCGAGGAUGGUUGGGCCAGGUUUUGUUUGGACCUGGAAGGACUUCGUGGAUCGUUUUGACCAGAAGUUCUUUCCCGAGCAUGUUCAGGAGCAAAGGGCGAUUGAGUUUAAGACCCUAGUUCAAGGUGAUAUGACAGUGUCCCAGUAUGAGGCCCGUUUUGUAACACUUUCCCGAUUCACUUCUUACCUCGUCAAUGACAAGAAGUGGAAGGCUCGCCGUUUUGUGAGAGGCUUGCGUCCCGCUCUUCGCAGCUGUAUGGUCGGACAUUGCUUGACGACAUUUGAUCAGGUCGUUCACAGAGCGUUGGUAUAUGAGGAGGACUGGGCCAUCUCUCAGAGGACACGAGAUCAAAGUUUCGGUGGAGACUGGAAGAGGAGAGCACCUUCCAGUAGCUCCAUACAGCACCAUCAACAUGACAUCAGAGGCGUGAUUGCCCUCUCCCCUUACAGUAGUAGAGGUCACCACAGUUGCCUCCUCCCCAUCCUCCUCAGCAGCAACAAUAUCAGCAGCGAGCACAACAUCAGGCUCCCGCUCCUAGGCCUCCUCCUCAGCACCAGAGGCAGCCAGGCAGGCCUCCACAGCGGCCAUAGUAGUAACAGAGACAACAGUAGCAGAGGGGACAUAGGAGAGCCGUUGUCGAGUUUGUUGGCUUGUAUUGCCGAGGAGUCUGUGGCAGGGUGUAUUGAGCAGCUUCCAGUAGUCUGCGAGUACCCGGACAUGUUCCAGGAGAUCCUGGGUUUGCCGCCGCGUCGGCAGAUUGAGUUUCAGAUUGAUUUGAUUCGGGUCCGAAAGGAGGACAUUCCGAAGACAGCAUUCCGGAAGCGCUACAGUCACUUUGAGUUUCUAGUCAUGUCGUUCGGAUUGACCAAUGUGCCCGUCAUGUUCAUGUAG